AUAUAACAACGAUCCGGACGCGGCGAUGUGCGAUUCGUAUGAUACCGACCGGUCGAGAGCAAAGAGAAGACGCCGUCAUCGUAACGCAUACAAAACCGUGAACCGCGUACGGAUGAGGACGUGAACUGCGCACCGUUUUCGUACACAUUAUACACCCGCGUCGAGUUUUCCAAUUUUUCCAUUUUUUUUUUUCCGAGGACAGCGGUAAUAAUUCCGCACCAGACAUGUUGUUGAAAAUAACGCCGGUAAGUCAUUUUAAAAUAAUUACGGCGUUCCCGUCGCAUUCGAUCGCAGGGUUCCUAUACACACGAUGGAAUAGAAUGUACAGACGUUAUUUUAAUGGGGGGUUUUUGUUUUAUUUAAGAAUUUUCAAAACAGAAUUUUGCAAUCAAGAUAUCUGUGGCUAAUUCGAAAAAAAAAACAAGGCCGGGCAUUAACGAGUUGAUAAAUUAAAAAGUUCAGUUAAUUUAAUUUUUCGACUUAAUCAGUGUUUUGGACUUUCAACUUAAUUGUUAACUUGAUAAAUACAAAGGAAUUGACUUUUAGUUAACUAGAGUUAAUUUUAUAUUUAGACAAGUUGAGUUGAUUUCAAUUUCUUUUUGUAUGCUCAUAUUAAUAAAUAUAUAAUCAUUAUCAAGAUGUUAUGAACGUUUUAAAAUACGAUUCGUUAUGAAUGCCUGUUAUCUGUUACUGUUGUCGCCGGUUUUGGUGAACUUCUAACUUGGUCGAAUUGAUAGUUUAUUUCGAAUUAACUUUAUUUGAAUUUAAAUUCAAUUUAACUGAGUUGAAAAAAAAUCACGAACUUGCCCGACCUGGGGGGAAAAAGCCGAACGAUUUCGAAUUCGAAAGUUUCCCCGUUAUCGUUAUCAUGCACUACGCACCGUUUUGUCGUUGAUUUCAUAUUUACCGCGGUUAUGUAAAUCGUAUCGUACAAGGUUCGUCAAACCGUUACAGAUAGAAAUUAUUGUAAUCGCGGGAUUUUCAUUUAGAGCUACGCGAAAUGCGUCCAAACGCGCGUUGAAAUAAACUCCGAUAGAAUUACGGCAUGCUCGCGGCGAUAUUGAUAUGUGCGCGGGCAGGCGAUUGUUUUCGUUAUAUUAUUUGUCGGCGAAUUUUUUUUGUUUUUCUUUACACGGAAUCGAAUUUUACCGCGAAAACUCUGACGUAUUAAGUCCGCGCACCCCGAAAAUACCGAGACGCACAGCAUAAAUCACUGUUUGCGGUAUAAUCUGUGACCUCAGGUAAUUUACACGCGUUCGAUGCGGGGACGAUAUUAUCCUAUGUACAGAAUUAUGCCAUCAGUAUAAACGCGAGACACUGGUAGUGAAAUCGGCAGUCUACUCUGAUGACAUAUGGGAAAUUUCUACAUUUUUGUAUGUUAUCGUAAAAUAUCAUCGGAACGGUUACAUUUGUCUGCUGUGUUAUGUGCGUAUAUUCACACGUUCAGGAAGUAAUUGUGUUGUACGUAUCUAAUACACGUGUCUGUACGCAUUACAUAUUUUAUGCGAUAUCCAUACAUUUCUUUCAUACAAUACGUAUAAAUAUUAUGCGUUUAGUCAAAUGUACUCCGCGUGGCGUUUAGCUAUUUAUCUAUUUUGGAACAAGACGACUAUAGCCCGCAGUGACCACUUGAAGUGCGCACGUAUAAAAUCAAAUAAACGGACACAGUUUUUUCAUUACUCAAUUUGCCGUCUAAUUAUUAACGAACGCAAUAAUAUAAUAGUUCAUAUAAUUUAUUAACGAAUAUCGUUUUGCUAGUGCGUAUGUGUAUAAUAUAGAAAGCGCUACAGAAAGCGAACAGAUUAAAAACUAUUCGCCAUUAAAUAAUAUUCAAAUAUUGUGCUUACUAUGAAAAUCGUGUAGUAUGUAAUAGUAAAACAUUGUUUUUAAUAGACAUUUAACAAUACCUAAUGAAUAAUAAAAUAAUAAAGUAAAAACAAAAUUAACUGAUUAAUGGUCAAUGGUUAAAUGGUUAUUAUUAAAUAACUUAACUUGACUUAAUAAGUUAAUAGUAUUAAAUUCGGACGACGCAUUUAUUUAUUCGUAUAUUUAAAUACCUAAAAAACACCAAUGAAACAAUAUAUUUUUUCUUAUUUUUUAGUGAACGAUUUAAAAAAUCCUCAGUAACUUCUCGCGGGUAAUUUCUUAUAGUUACUGUCUGUGGACUGUAACAGUAAAUAUUAUGUAUUUUAUUUAAAACAUAAAAUUUGGAUUACGUAUAUUUAAAAUUGUACCUAGUAGCUAGUCAAAUAAUUAAUUAAAUUAUAAUAAAACAGAAAGACAUUUAACGGUGCUUGUACAUGGAUUUUUUAAAGACGGUUUCGUGUGAAAAUGUUAAAAAUAAUAACUAUUUAUUGAUAAAUAAAUAUUAAAACAUUUUUUUUUUUUAAUAUCAUAAAUAUUUAAAUUUGGGUACUAAAAAUUUUAAAAUUAUUUUAUAACUAUUUAUAAUACUAUUAUACAUCAUUACUUAUUAGUUAUUAGGUACUAUACACACGAAAAUUUAUCUGUUUUAAUUUUAAAAAGUUAGUUACCUAUAUUUAAUUAUUUUCUAAAGUACCUACAUAGUAUAUGGAAGUAUCCACGAGAAGUUACUAGGGAUUUUUAAAUCGUUCACUAAAAUAGGACAAAUAUUGUUUUAUUGAUAUUUAUUAGGUAUUGUUAAAUUUAGAGUAAACAAUAUUUUACUAAUUUACUAUAGACGAAAGUAGGUACUAUGCGUAUUGUAUGCGUAGGCACAUUAACGAGCACAUUAUUAUUAUUACCUAUAUUAGACUUAUAUUCAGAUACUCGAUAUUUUGGCCUGCUGGAACGGUUAAAAAAAAACACCGUUUACCAAACUUACUUAAGAACAAACAAAUAACAAAAUAAAAUAUACGUUUUUUUUUCGGGUAAAAAAAAAAAAUAUAAAACAAUUCGUAUAUUUAUUCGCAGCACAAACGUUUUAUUAAAGUACGAUUUCAAGCCACGGAAUAUUAAUUGUACUAUCGCCUAAUAAUCGAUAAAUCAAAUAUUAGUGAAAGAUGCCCAUAUUGUAGAAUACACGUUAGCUGUAGUUUGAGCGGUCGGUAUAAUAAUAAUAUUAUAAAUUAUAAUGAUCGUUGAAAAAUAAAAACAGAUUAAUAUACGAGCCGUCCGAAGAAAACGAAACGUUUGUACUGUCCAUACGGGUAAUAUAAGGUAAAAUAUAUAAUAUAUUUGCGACUGAGUAAAUUGGAAAGAAGAAAAUCGGAAAGUAUUACCGAGUGUAGUAAUAAUAAUAAUUGUUUAUAGCAUAAACAGUUUAUUCGGAUAAUGAGUUUCUACGUAGACGAAACAGGUAUAAAAAUCGUUUUAACGCAAAUUAACGCGAAGAGAUUGAUUAUAAUCAAAUAUAAAUCGAAUAUAUCAUUAGUCGAGUUUAAUACAGCUAUGCUUUUUAAUAGAGGUAGUUCAGUGGUGUAGUUCAAUUAAUUUACAUUAAUUAUGGGUAAUUAAUGACAUUUUCAAAACUAAAAAUAGUCACAGAAUAGAAAGUUUAAUGAAAAAACGUAUAAGUAUAAUAGCUGUUUUAAUAUACACUAUUUUACAGUGUUCAGAAUUUUCGUGUUUCAGUAAUUUUCCCGUAUAAACAUGCAAGAUGGAGAAAAUUACUGGAAUACACAAUAUUCUGAUCACUCUGUAUAACAUAAUAUAUAAAUAGCACUAUACGUGUAUACAUAAAACCAAUAAAUACAACGUAGGUGUACUUCUAAAAAGAAAAUAAUAGAGGUACAUAAUAAUUAUUAUAAUCACAAUUUAAUAAUAGAAAUGAAAAUAAAACACUAUUUAUUUUGAUUUACAUAUUAUAAGCCAGAUAAUCGGUUAUUUUUAAGUAUAGGUCCUUAAUGUGUUUUUUUUAUAAGAACGUUGAAUUUUAAUACAACGUAAUAUACCGUAAUAUAACGUUGGUUGUUUCGAUUUUAAUUAGCAUAUAGAGUUUAACACAAGAGGGAUGUCCAACUAACAAAACCAAAAAUAAUCAUUAAGCAAACUACAAGGCAAAUGAAAAAAAAAGGCUUUCCCAAUGAGCCGAAUAGAUAGAAAAAUGCCACAAAAAAGUUCCUAUUCACAUUUAUGAUUGGCGAAAAAUUUUCGGUAAUAAAUACACCUACGAGUUGAACCAAUACAUGUAUCGGUUCGCUUAAAAUCUAAAAUCAUAUACAGUGCAACCUUUAAAUACCGGACGACCUCGGUCAUCGUAAUUUUGUCCGUUAUUGAGAGGUGUCCGCUAUUCAGAGGGGAAAAAAACAACUCGGAGAAAUUAAUAAAUAUAUAACAACACUUAUGUAUGCAAUAUGUACAUUUGUAUUAUUUUGAAACAAAUAUUAAUUGUACACAUUAUUAUUAUGUAUGUAAAAAUAUUAAUGAAAAUGUAAAGAGAAAUUAUUUUAGGAUAAAAAUUAACAUUUAUUGAAAAAAAAUCAGUUCCUUUAGCUUGUUUAAGACCUUGAUUUGUCAUAAAAUUGUCCGGUAUUUAGAGGUUUUCCUAUAGAAAAGUGGUGAAAAUGUCCCCCGUUCCCGAAAAAUCGUCCACUAUUUGGAGGUGUCCGUUAUUUAGAGGUGUCCGUUAAGGGAGGUUUCACUGUGUUCAACCUCAUCCGCGGUAGUUAAUUUAUUUGGGCCAUUCGGUAAAUAUGUGAUUUACAAAACUCCCUUUAUGAUUUUAUAGAAUUAAACUACGUUAUCCGGGUAUACGUGUUUCCACAUGACUCUAACUGUAAAUAACGUGUCAAAAUACCGGUCAUUAGUUAGCUACUUAUCUGCAUGACACAUUACGAUAAAUACAAACUUAAUUUCCACUCUAAUCUGCUACAUCGCAUCGCCUUACCGACGUUUUUUAAUACAAGACAAUAUUUAAAAAUCCAUUUACAUUCAUUGAAUGUCUUCCUACUUAAAAAUAACGUAUUUAAUUAUUCGACUCGCUAGAUCCAGUUUGAAAUUCAAAGUAUAUAAUCCGUGUAAUCGAUGUUAUGCUAUAAAUCUAAUAAUUAUUCACUGUACAAGUCCGCGGAAUAACAACGGUAUAUUAUACGAUUUCCAUAGUACGUACAAUAUUCCGAUAUUAUUUAAUACCGAAUAAUUUUCAAUUCGUUCGUAUUCACUUUCUAUUACUACCAAAACAUUUCGUUGUAAACAGAAGAACACGUCACACUAGACGGUACAUAAUAUUGCACAUGUUUAUCUUGUAGAAGGUCCAUUUCUUAAAAAUCGAUUAGUGAAAGGUUUAAAGCUUCGCGUUUUUACGCGACCGGAAUAACAUUUCCAUUUCGCUUAAUAAACCGGAAUAAUCAUUAGUUUACACUAAAGAACUAUACAGCCAAACGGUUUCUGUAGUUUUUUUUUUUUUUUUAUUUUUCUGUUUGUCUGCCGCUACUUAAAAUAUCACGUAUUGCGCAAUAAUAUAACGCACAAAUUCUAUACUAAGACCCGAACAAUUCCCGAAUAAAAGAAAGUCCUGUCAAGUUUUGCGUACAUCUGUGGCUAAUGAAUGGAAUUUGAAAUACACAGCGAACCGAUUUAAAUAAUCUACCGUGCUAUAGUAUUGUAUUACGCGUAUAAUAUAAUAAUAGAUGAACGCAAAUAACGCAAUAAAAUAAUAAUUGUACGUAAGAUUAUGUCAUUGCGUCUCGCGGACAACUAUGACGUGAGCCAUUUUUACCAUCGUGAGCUAUGUACACGGUGGCGAUAUUGUAAUAUUUAUAUUGUUUUAUAUAAUAAGAGAAUAUCAAAUAAUAAGAACGAACGCGUGAAUUUCGUUAAAAUAUGCUUCGUAUGUUAUUAUAAAUUCAAUUCAAUUCUGUAUUUCUUUCAACUACAUAUAGGCACAUUGAGAUAGUGUUACAAAUGCCGUUUCGUUAAAAGAAUAUAUUAUUAUAAUCCGUGUAUGUAAUUUAUACACGCGGCUGUGCGUAAUGGAUAAGAUAUACUCGAAUCGGCGGCGUGUCCAGGAGUUUCCGAUGGAAGGGGAUGCAGCAAAAUGUAAUAAUUACGAACGAAUCGCGAAGAACCUGCCUAUAUAAGUAUAUCUAAAUCGACGAUGGGAAUCGAAAGGCCGGAUUUUAAAAAUACGAUUCUUCCGAAUCUCCCGUGUAAUAUACACAAGAUUAAACAAAUACUCACAAGUAUUGUCCUUUUAAGCCGAUUGGGGAACAUAACUCCGAAACUUCUUCCCGCGCGCACGUGCUACUGACUUAGAUCCUGAAGUAAAAUUAAAAUAUUAAAUAUUAAUUCGUUAGAAUUUAAAUUGAAUUACAUAUUAGGAAUCGAUUGAUACUUUUAUUUUUAAUAAUUCAUGAACCGUCGCAAUAUUAUGAUUAAAAUUGAAAAUUGAAAAUUAUCAUAGCACAAAUCUUACUUAGAACGUUCACAGUUGUCGGUUAAAUUUUAAUAAAAAAUUGUAGGUUUAUUACGGUUUUGAAAAAUGUAGUUUGAUUUUUAUAUAGAAUCUAUAGAUAGUAACUCUGAUGUGUAAAGCCCGGAUUAUUGUGUUAAACAAAAGAUGAAAUAUGUUAAAAAUUGGCGUAAUAUUAAAUGCACUACAUUUAUUUAUACAAAUAAUAAUAAUAAACAUCAAAAUAUGCUUCAAUAUGCAAUUUUUUCUUUUAAAAAUUUAUAAGUCUAAAAAUUAAUCAUAAUUAUAAAAUAAAACACAAAUACACUGCAAUAUAAAAUUAAAUUGACUGUGGCGUUAAAUACGCAAAACAAAAUAUGUAUUUGAUAAUUUGAUAAAUAAGUAAAAAUAAUCAUUUAUUUUAAGUAAGAACAGAUUAACCAUAGUAUUUUUUUUCCUGUGAACUUAGUGUUGAAGCAAUACAUUUGUUACUCUCAUUAAAUUGUUUAUACCCAGUGAUGAAAAAAACGUAUUUUUAAAUAAUUAAUUGAAAGCUAAAAAAGUUAAUUUAUUUGAAAAAAAUUUCAAGAAUCUAACGUAAAGUCCAUUAUAAUUAGAAUGCAAUACAUUUUUCUGAUUUUGACCCUUUCUUACACUAAGUCACAGAAAUGUAUUUGUUAUCAUUUUUUAAAAUUUAGUUUAGUUUAAAAUUUGUAAAUUCAAAAAACUAGUUUAAAUUUAAAUCUUUAUCGCUAAUAAUCGCACAAACUAACUAUUGAUAUUUCGAAAUAAUAAAAAAUUAGUAUAAAACUGUAAUUUUACAUAGGCAAUUAUUUUCCAUAUUUUUCUUCUGUUUUUCGCCGAAACAUAUGAAAUAGAAUAAUUGAGGAAAAAAGUAAUUUUUCGAAUUAAAAGUUAGUGAUCUUUCAAAAACAAGUUUUAUUCGGUUAAAUGUUUACACGUCAGUUUUAUGUAAAAAAAUGUAUAUUGUAUUUGUUUAUAAAUGACAAGGGGCAAUCGAUAGGCGAUAUACGUACAUUCGUGUGAAUAAUGUUACUAAUUGUGUUUUAGAUUUUGCUGGCGGCAUGCUUGUGCACUUUCGGUGCCGUGAAUGGAGCGGAUAAAUCACAGCCUUCCAUAGAAAAAAGAGACUCUACUCAAGGUUAUGGUUCGUACGUCAGUUACGCUCCGGCUGUAGAUUACGGGGCUCCGGUUGGACAAGAGGCUUACCAGUACGCCGCGGUGGCACCGAUCACCACAGGACAAUACGACGCAAUACCAGCGGCAGCUGCUUUAGUGGUUCCCACCAACCAGCUGUUCUACCCACAGCCGCAAUCGUAUGGAUAUCCGUCGGCCGCGGCUUACAGCGCCCCGCUGACUUAUAGUUCUCCACCCACAUCGUAUGAUUACCAGUCAGCUGGCUCUGUUUACAGUUCGGCACCGGCCGCCUCUGCUUACAGCCUGCCAUCGGCCGCCGCUGCUUACAGCUCACCAUCUACCGCCGCUCCUUACAGCUCACCGUCGACCACCUCCACUUAUAGUUCACCUUCGUCCUCUUCUUCUUAUAGCUCGUCAUCGGGUUCGUCCGCGUAUAGCUCACCGUCAGUGACCGCUGCCGCUUACAACUCUCCGUCCGCCGCGUUCAGUUAUGGCGCGUCAUCGGCUUCAGUACCGUAUAAAUCGGGCCCCGUUACUUUCGGAAAACCUGAAACCCUCGCCGACUCGUACGUGUCUUACAAACCAUCGACGUCAUACGACAAGCAAACUUACUCCGCGCCGUCGUACCAGUCAUCCCCGGGACUAGGAACUUACGUUUCGUCCACGAUCAAGACCAACAAGUACCCGUCAUCACCGUCUUUUAGCCCGUCCACGUCCGGCGAAUACUACGCUGCACAACAAUCGUCGUCGUCAUACGCCGCCGCUCCGUCCAAGCCCGGCUACUCUUCGUACAUUUCGGAUAGCGCGUACAAUAAAUACAAGUACCCGACUCAAGCUUCUUCAUACGGUAGUGUACCGUUCAAACCCCUCAACUAUAAACCGUCUGCGUCAUACGAAUCUUCAGCCUCUUCAUACGGACAGUCUUCGUUGUCGUACGAACAACCGUCUUACCCGUCUGCGCCACAAAAAUACGCAGGUGUCUCGUCACAAUACGGUUCUUCGUCUGCAUACGGUUCUUCACCAUCUUAUGGUUCCUCAUCGCCGUACAAACAAUCUUACGAGUCGUCUUCCCCGUACAAACAGUCUUACGAGUCGUCUUCCCCGUACAAACAAUCUUACCAGCCGUCUUCCCCGUACAAACAGUCUUACGAGUCGUCUUCCCCGUACAAACAGUCUUACGAGUCGUCUUCCCCGUACAAACAGUCUUACGAGUCAUCUUCCCCGUACAAACAGUCUUACCAGCCGUCUUCCCCGUACAAACAGUCUUACGAGUCGUCUUCCCCGUACAAACCAUCAUACGGUUCGGCUCCGCAAAAGGUGACAUACGGUUCGGCUCCGUAUAAGGUGACAUACGAAUCAUCGUCCCCGUACAAAACAUCAUCGUAUUCUAGUGGUUCGUCUUACGGUGGAUCACCAGCGCCAUAUAAAUCGCCUUAUUACGGUACCUCUUCUUACGAAGGAUCUCAAUCCUCGUACAAAUCACCGUCUUCAGUAGUCUACAGUAGCCCAUCUAAUGAAGGAUCUUCAUCACCAUACAAGUCGUCAUCCUACGGUAGUUCAUCUUACGACGGAUCUGCGUCUCUUUAUAAAUCUCCGUCUUAUAGCAGCUCCUCCUACGAUGGAUCUUCGUCCCCCUAUAAAUCACCGUCUUAUAGCAGCUCCUCUUACGAUGGAUCUUCGUCCCCUUAUAAAUCACCGUCUUAUAGCAGCUCCUCUUACGAUGGAUCUUCGUCCCCUUAUAAAUCACCGUCUUAUAGCAGCUCGUCUUACGACGGAUCUUCCUCCGCUUACAAAUCAUCACCGCCUUAUUCAUCUGGUUCGUUUAAGCCAAUACCGUCUUCCUAUUCACAGAGCGAAUACGAUUCGUCGGCGUUAUCUCCUUAUAGCCAAAAACAAAAUGCAUACGAAUACAGUUCUAAAUAUUGACACUUAACACAAUAAUGUUCCUCUUUAGACAAAUGUAUUAUAUAAUGAUAAAA